CCCCUCGCCCUCCCCACUUCGUCCGGGCGUUGCUGCUGAUUCUGCGAGAGGUUCGUGUGUCUCGGGUCCACGCGAGGGGGAAGGGGGAGAGAGGAGGGAGAGGAGAGGACGAAGCUCUCCGUGUUUCUGCGAUUCUGCCCCGCCCUUCCUCCGCCUUCGAGCUUUGCUGAAACACCGAUCCCAGGAACCAAGAAAAAAGGGUCCGUGAACAGGUUUCUUGCGGCAGAACAAUGGAGGUACUUGGCAAAUCUGUGAUUGCUGAGCCCAGCAAUGUGAUUUUCAUGUCCACUAUUCUUAACACAGAAGGGCCAAUCCCCAGUCACAAGUGUGACAAGAGGUGCCAGAAUGAGCACAUCUUUGGAAACAUGUACCGUUGCAAACUGACUGGAAUGACACACAUUUGUGACAAAAACUGUAACCAGAGGAUCCUCUACGACAACCACAGCUCGCUCUGCCGAGUGAGCGGGCAGUUGUUCGCACUCUCGCCACUGGAGUUGCAGGCAGUGAGGGGGAUCCGUAGGAAGCAUGAAGUUGACAGCCAUGAAGGGUGCUCUUCUUUUAAGCGCAGGCGUGGUGCACAGCUGCAUCCUUCCCCUUUUGAGAGAUCCUACUCCGUCGCAUCUCCGAUACCGAGCCAAGCUGGAGAUGGCAUGGACCUGAGCUAGAGCUAACGAGACCUCCAUCUUAUCUUCCCCCAGCCACCCUAUGCGGAUUUUUCUACUCCAUUUUCCCUUCUUUAACAGGAUGGAACUAUAAGGGCUUCCUUCUUUGUAGACUUAUGAAGGGAUAUGAGACUCCUUAGAGGCAAUAAAUAAAUGUCUAUGUAGUAGCAGUUCAUUUUCGUGGAACCUUGUUGUAAUCGUAACUUCGAUUGAACAGCCUAUUCUAAUUACGUAGUAUUUUGAGAUAAUCGUCUGCUAUUACCGUUUAGAUCAUUUACCUCUGGUGCAGUAAUCUUGUUUGCUCUAACAUUAUAUUAUUGUUCUCGUUUCUUUCUUAUGUUCUCUUAAUGUUAAUCAUCUAACUCAUUUUUGUGCGGUCGAGCUAUGCAAAUUUGCUUGACGUGGUCGAUGAUGUAUAUCUGUUGAACAUUAUUUGAUCCAAUUUUUUGCGGUGUGAACUUACUAACUGAAUUUCCUGCAUAGCGAAUGCUUUUCAUGGCAGGGGUGCUGAUGAAGUCUGGGUUAUUUAUGGUUUGUUCACAUAAGCUUAAUUGUUUCUAUGAAAUGCUUUCUGUUUUGCAGGUUUUGCUUAAAUUUACUUAUUACCACUUAUAUUGCUUCUUCCUGUUUUCUAUUUAUUUGCUUCUUGCACUCACCUUUUUCUGUUUUGCAGGGCCAUCCAGGUGCUAACUUUUUCUGUAAAUGUUUUUGUUUUUCGUAUAAUUUUCCCUUUGUUAAGUUGUUUUAUUUUGUUCAUACAAGUGUUCACUUGUUUCUUUUGCUUGUGCAGGUGACCUUCUGGUCUGCUGUUCUUUUCAAACCGUGGGUCAUGGAGGCAAGAGCUACUCAAGAAGAUUAUUGAAGUCGUUUGCAGCAGAGUUGUAUCGGCGAGGUACCCUCGAAGUGUUCUGCCUCACCAUGCUUUUCAGAACAAAAAUCAGCAGCAAAGAGGCUUGAAACUAUUCAAACAAGGGCCAGUGGCACUGAAAUUUCGAAACUUAUACUGGAGAAGACCCAACAGCAGCUACCGACUUUCGACAUUGCAUUGCUGCUGCGUUUGGAGAGGCAGUAAAUAGGCUUGAAACUAUUCAAACAAGGGCCAGUCUGAAGCCACUGAAACUUCGAAACUCUUACUGGAGAAAACCAGCAGCGGCCCCACUCUUGAUUUGCAUUGUUUUGGAAAAAUUGACUCGAGAAACCACCAUCUGGGAUUUGUGGAAACCUCUCUGAAUGUCUCUAAUAAGAGAUUUGUUUGUCGCCAAUCCGACAAGCUUGCUUUGUACACAAACUUAUCUUGUUAUGAAGUUUCAUUUCACCCUGUAAAAGAGCUUGGGCCAUGAUUGUACUCCUGCUUCUUGAGGAAAUAAUAUCCAGAGUAAAGUUUUCUCUUG